AUGGUUCAAGAAGAUGACGACACUUCGCGCAUCUCAAUGUCCCUCAACCCUUCAUUGUCCAACCGCCCUAAUACGUUGUCGGUAAACGGGAAUAAUGAGAAAGCCAUACCCGAAGAAAACGUCCUACGAUCACUAUCCACUGGCACCUUAAAAUAUCCAGAGGACGAACACUUUUACACGUUUAACUCUGCUCAUUUACAAGAUUUGGGGGCGAUUGGAAAUGGAAAUUUUGGGACAGUAUACAAAAUGAGACAUCGUGAAACUGGAAAAUUGUUAGCUGUAAAAAGGAUACGAUGUAACAACAUAGACCAGCGCGAACAAAUCCGCUUACUACGAGAGCAUGACACAAUUGUGAAAUCCGAGAAAGGCCCGAAUAUAGUAAAGUUCUACGGAGCAAUUUUCAGUGAAGGAGACUGCUGGAUCUGCAUGGAGUUGAUGGAUAUAUCGAUGGAUCUGCUUUAUCGGAGAGUGUACAACGUAAAAGGAAGCAGGCUGAAUGAAAAUGUAAUUGGGCAUAUUACCGUUUGCACCGUCGAUGCCCUUGAUUACCUAAAAAAAGAGCUUAAAAUCAUUCAUCGUGAUGUGAAACCAUCAAAUAUCCUAGUCGAUGGUCAUGGAUCUGUGAAACUUUGUGACUUCGGAAUCUGUGGAGAGCUUGAGGAUUCUGUAGUAAAGACUCAUGAUGCUGGGUGCCAGCCGUAUCUAGCGCCAGAACGAAUAACAAGCUCGGACAAGUAUGACGUGAGGUCGGACGUCUGGUCAUUGGGAAUCACUUUGUAUGAAAUUGCUACUGGUCGGUUUCCAUAUCCCCAAUGGAAUUCAGUGUUCGAGCAGAUUGCAGCGGUCGUCAGUGGCGAUCCGCCAAUGUUGAGCCCGGAUACUGGAGAUUUCAGCUACAGUCUGCCCCUGAUUAAAUUUAUCAAUACAUGUUUGAUGAAAGACAGGCGGCAUCGACCAAAGUAUGACACGCUGAAAAACUUUGACUUCUACAGAAUAUACGCCCGAGGAGGACCUGAAAUCGAGGAAGCCAAAGAAAUUCUGGGCGUCGAAGCGAUCGAUGCUCGUGAACAUCCCAUAGACAUUGUGGGAUAG